AUGAGGAGUCUUCUUGGGUUGUUCUUUUUCGGAACACUUGCGGUGCUCUCGUAUGGCUCGGAGAGGGUCCCGGAUAUCGAAGCACUACCAAGAGGAGUUCCAUACAAUCGGGGUGCGCUUUACAAGAAGUCAUUCGAGUUCGUCUGCCUCGACGGUUCCAAGAGCAUUCUCUAUUCUCAGGUAAAUGAUGACUACUGCGACUGUCCAGAUGGAAGUGAUGAACCAGGAACUUCUGCUUGUCCCAACGGCAAAUUUCACUGCGCGAAUAAAGGCCAUACGGCCGCCGAUAUCCCGUCAUCGCGCGUUAAUGACAGAAUCUGUGAUUGUUGCGAUGGAAGCGACGAAUACAGCGGCGCAGUUGAAUGUUCCAACAUUUGCGAUGAGUUGGGCCGAAGCGCUCGCGAAGAGAGCAAAAGACAGGCAGAAAUUGCGAGAAAGGGCUUUGCUGUUAGAAAGCAGCUGGCUUUGGAAGGGCAGAAGCUAAGGGAUGAAAAGAUACAAGGCGUCGCUCCUCUGAAAGAAGAAAAGGAGAAGCUUGUCCCCACGAGAGAGGAAUUGCUGAAGAGGAAGAACGCAGCUAUGGAAAGAGAAUCAGCACUGAAGAACAAGCACAAGGAAGCAUGGGAAAGUCGUCAGCUCUGCGUUUCUAUCUGUGAAUUUGGUCGAUUCAUAGAUUGGCGUGAAGCUGCGAUGCUCGCAUUGUGGUUU